AUGGACACUGCGAACUCUGAUUGGCGGUCCAGCCGCCAGGAUCUCGGCGUAGAGCUUCAAGGGAAACAAAUCUUCGAUAGCCUCGUCGUGCUCGAGCGUCUAGGUAUAUCUGAAGCGCCAGACGAUUUAGUCUCCGAAUGUUGCGCUAGACUCUGCAGAGACAACGCACCUGUUGAAGCUAUGCGACAGCUCAGAAGACUCACUGGAGCCGCUGAUAAGCUGCCUCUAGAAGAUUUGGAACCUAGCAGCCAAGACACCGAUCCCGUAAAGCAGGCGAAGAGGAGAAGAGAAAAGGACAUGUAUCCACACCUUAGAACAAUGUUCCAAUUUAUCGAAUCAUUUCCCAUUCCUUCUGCUGCGUUGCCAACCUCAUCUUCCAAAAAUCGUCGUUAUUUCAUCAACGAUGCCAAGUAUCUCACGCAGGACGCCCACACUUGGGGCUUUCCGGCAGGUGCUCCAGAUUUCACUUUGAUGGACCAAGAUGUAAGCUCUACUCUCUGGCGUGAGAGAGCAGCGUUCGUAGAGGUCAAGCCGUCCCACAAGCAGGGGCCAAAGCCUGUGUGGAGAAAUGACACACGAGUUCCCUCGCUUGUGACACAGUGUGCCGACUAUGCCAGGCUGCAUUUGUCUGCAAAGCCUUUCCAGCUUUUCUCCGUUGGGCUCCUCAUCUUCGGUACCAGAUUCUGUGAGACAGAAGAGUUCGUCCGCAUUGUGCGCCGUAUGGCGUGUGAUAUGUCACCUACAGAUCUUGGACAAGAUCCCACCGCAAUUAUGCUACCAGAAGGGAGUGCGGACUCCCGUGCAGCUCAGAUACUUGCAACGAAGUUGCUCGGGUCUGGAGUGCCCACCUUCCCAUCUUACUCCAUCUCAAUGGGCGGGAAUAGCAGUCGCCGAUGGUGCACCGUGGGUCCUCCAAUCUGGAAUUCUCUGUCAUUCAUCGGUCGCGGUACUUCCGUGUGGCGCGUUGCGGAAAUCCAGCACGGCAGGCUGUCUGACUCUAUCGUUGUGAUGAAAAGUGCUUGGAGAAGCAGCAGACGCCUUGCAGAAGCCGACAUAUAUAGUGCUAUCGUUGGGAGUCAUCCCGGGGUUGCCAGGCUCAGCUACGGGGAUGACGUCCGUUUGUCCACAGAGGCAGUGCUCAGUGUUGAUGCGCUCCGUCGAUGCUUCUCAGUCGAGAAGGAAACACCUAUUCUUCACCGGUUGUUUCUCACAACUCUUGGUCGUCCAAUUUGGGAUUACAAUACGGAGCUUGAGUUACUCACCGGUAUUGUUGGGGCAUUGCAAGGUCAUAGAUUUCUGUCUCAACAGGGUAUCCUGUAUAGAGAUGUCAGUGCCGGAAAUGUCCUGCUCCCUGCCAAACCUGGUGGCUCAGCAUUCAUCACCGAUUUGGAGUUCGCUUACCUUGUCGCUAAGACGGUGAUUCCGCAAACUACGGUCACUCUCCCGGUUCCAUCGAGGCUUCAUCCUUCCGGCAAGUAUACUGAAUCAACUACACGAACUCACACGACCUUUGGAGCGGAAAAACCAGUACUGCGUGGCGCCGCCAUGACAGGAACAGUGCAGUUCAUGGCAGAAGAAAUUCUGUACCACAUAAUGCUCGGGAAGACCGAUGAACCUCCCAUCGUCCAUGCAGUGACCCACGACAUCGAAUCGUUCUGCUGGGUUCUGUGCUACGGCAUCGCCCGGAAGCUCACGACAUUCCAUCCUACGACAGAGGCUGAUCGGAACAAGCUCAAGGAGCAUUUCAACUCUUGCUUUGGGGAGACGAAGGUGGACUCUAUCCGAUGGAAGAGGCAAGGCGGUGCCCCGUUCGAAACACCUGAAGCCGCGAAGCAAUAUUUGUCUCACUCUCUCCGUGCACUUCUUGCAGACCUCCGAAUUUACGUCUGCGGUUGCAUAAACAAUAGAUACACCCCCCUGGAAUACGAAGUCGUCAUGGGCGAAAUUACCAAGACAAUCAAGGUGUUGGAAAACGAGAAGGGUAAAUCUACUUAG